AAAAACAAAAAAGGAAGAAAAAAAGUAAAUAAUUAUACAACAACCGCAAGCAAUCACAAUAACAAGGAGAGAGUGAAAAUCACAGAGACGAAAAGAUCGUCUUCUGAAUCGGAACAAGGUGUUCGGGUUGAAAUUUCACUGCAAUAUAUUAGCAAUUAUGAGAUUCAAGAAAGGGACUAAGGUGGAAGUACUGAGCAAAGCUGAGGUGCCUUCUGGCUCCUGGCGAUGUGCAGAGAUCGUCUAUGGUAAUGGCCACAACUACACUAUUAGAUAUGAUGGAUAUCAAGGUGCUGCUGGUGAGGCAAUUGUGGAGCGGGUUUCCAGGAAAGCCAUAAGGCCAUGUCCGCCUGCACUUGAACUCGCAGAGAAUUGGAGUCCAAGUGAUGUUGUAGAGGUCUUCCAGAAUUUCUCUUGGAGGAUGGCUACAGUUUUGAAGGUUUUGGGGAAAAAGCACAUUUUGGUAAGGCUACUUGGAUCUUCUUUGGAAUUUCAAGUGAGCAAAUCUGACAUCCGGGUGAGACAGUCUUGGCAAGAUGACAAAUGGAUUGUGGUUGGAAAGGGUUCGGCUAGCUGCGAGAAUGGAAACCGUGACAAUACACUCAUUUCAAGGCAGAAUUUAAUUCCUAGUGCCCAACUUCAGAAGUCAGCUAUAAAGAUGAAACUGUCAGUUUCCAGUGAUUAUCAUCCUGAAAAGAAAGAAUGGAAUAUUCUUGAACCCCAUCUUGUUUCUUUUAAAAGAUUGAAACGAGGAAGCCAUUCACAAAUUGAGACAUAUGCUGAACCUCCCCCAAAGUUUAGAGCAAUUGAGAUUGAAGGAAGAUGUCAAAAAGCAACAGUUAGAAAUCCACUCACACUGCUCAAACAGGUACAAGGUGUCAGUUUUCGAAGAGACGUUCCUGCUGAAGAAUGUGUACCUGCUUCUGUAAACAACAGAAAAACUGGGAUUUCUGAUAUGGACAUAGUGAGGAGGAAACAAAAUGGCGCUGUUGGUUAUUCAUUUGGAGAAAACUUUGAAUCAAAUCAUGCUGAUAGUGUUACAUGCUCUGUUGGUAGUUGUAGUAUCACUAGCAGGAAUUCCUAUAAAUUGGAAUUUCCUGUAUAUGCAGGCCCUUUGGAAGAUGUAGACAAUCCGUGUAGUGAUGCUGAAUCUGUCUGCCAGAGGGGAUAUGAGGAAGUGAACUUUUCCCCUCCUACACAAGAAGAAUUGGCAGCAGAAAUUCAUAGGGCUGAAUAGGAGGCAUAUAGCUGUUGCUUUCAGAUGUCUCCAGAUGAUAUUGGUGCUUGCCGCCUUUCUCUUGCUCUAGACAAGGGAUGGCUUUUCUAGUACGGCUCUCCGUGAGCCAAUGCUUCCAUAGACUUGUGGAGUUCUUGCAUUCUUCCAUUUCAGGCCACCUGUGAGCCUCAGAUAUCUGUUCUGCGGAAGGAUGCAUGCUCAGAGUCCUGUGGCUACCAUGGGGUGACCUGAUAUUCGAAUGUCUAAUUGGAUUCCUCAAACUUUCACCUCAGCUUAUUCAAUUAUGAUAUCUUUUGCAUGCUGAUGCAUGUCUCAAUAUCAAUGUCUUGCAAAUGAUCACUGCUAUUUCAUUCGCCCAGGCUACGCCUUAGAUGUUUAACAUGCUGAAGCCUAGUUAAUGGUUAAAAUGUUAUGAGUGCACAACUUUGGAAUGUUAAUUUAAGUAUAAUGGGGUAGAAGAACCUUGCGAUAGACAUAAUUAUUAUUGGUAUUUUGUAUAAUACUGAAAAGCUGAUGUUCACAUAUAUAAACUAAUAGUAACUUAAGUUGUCUCAAGGUGGAAACAAGCAGCAGUUUUACCCGCGGGGUAGGAAACUAAAAUAGAAAACAUCA